UACAAUUUACAUGGGUUUUUGAUCAUUUCACUUAAUUACCCUCCUUUAUUUGUUUAUGAAUUUUGUAAAAAAAUUAAUGGAGAUUUGAAUUUUGUAAAAAUAUAAUUUUUACUUCUAUAAAUAUUUCACUUUGUAUGGUGGGAUCCGUUUCUUUUCUCUCUCCAUUUAUUGCACAAGUGAAGUUGGUAGGGUGGUUUUCCUAAGGUUCCCGUGACAUAAUUCAGCAUCAGAUUUCAUCUCUUUAACUUUUUUGUCUUUAAGAAUGUACGGGCUAUCAGUGGAAGUUCCACAGAAUGGAAAUAUAAGCCCGUGUGAUGUAUCAUGCGCAUUAGAUGAAACUGAAGAUUGUGAUUUAGCAAAGCUAUUGGAUAAGCCACGGACCUUGACUAUGGAGAACAGACAAAGAUCCCUUGAUGAAAGGUCUCUUGGUGACUUUCUCAUGUCUCCUCGGAUGUCUACAAGAAAUGCUGAUAAUAUUUCUCGUUUAAGUGAUCAUCUAGAAAAUGUUUUUGGAUCUGGUCGGCGAUCUGGUAUCAACACCCCGAGGUCUGGUUUCAGUACCCCUAGAUCGCAUUCUAGCUUUGAGCCUCACCCCAUUGUUGGUGAAGCCUGGGAUGCAUUGCGACGUUCUUUGGUUUAUUUUCGUGGUCAACCUGUUGGGACUAUUGCAGCCUCCGAUUAUUCCGAGGAAAAACUCAACUAUGAUCAGGUCUUUGUAAGAGAUUUUGUUCCAAGUGCAUUGGCUUUUCUGAUGAAUGGGGAACCUGAAAUUGUUAAAAAUUUCCUUCUGAAAACACUUCGCCUACAAUCAUGGGAGAAAAAGAUAGACCGGUUUCAACUAGGGGAAGGAGUGAUGCCAGCUAGCUUUAAAGUAUUUCAUGAUCCAGUGAGAAACCAUGAGACUUUGAUUGCAGACUUUGGCGAAAGUGCAAUAGGAAGAGUUGCCCCCAUUGAUUCAGGGUUCUGGUGGAUCAUAUUGCUUCGAGCAUACACAAAAAGUACAGGAGAUACUUCUUUAGCUGAAAAGCCAGAAUGCCAGAAGGGUAUGCGCCUCAUUCUCAGCUUGUGUCUUUCUGAGGGUUUUGAUACAUUUCCAACUCUUCUCUGUGCUGAUGGUUGCUGCAUGAUUGAUCGUAGAAUGGGUGUUUAUGGAUAUCCACUCGAAAUCCAAGCCUUGUUCUUCAUGGCUUUAAGGUGUGCUUUACUUUUGCUUAAGCAAGAUGACGAGGGGAAGGAUUGCAUUGAGCGGAUAGUUAAGCGUCUCCAUGCUUUGAGCUUCCACAUGAGAACUUACUAUUGGAUGGACUUCAAGCAGCUUAAUGAUAUAUAUCGAUACAAAACAGAAGAGUACUCUCAUACUGCUGUAAACAAAUUUAAUGUGAUGCCAGAUUCUCUUCCUGAAUGGGUCUUUGAUUUCAUGCCAUGUCGUGGUGGAUACUUCAUUGGAAAUGUCAGCCCGGCAAAGAUGGAUAUCCGUUGGUUUUGCUUAGGAAACUGUAUUGCAAUCCUUUCAUCCUUAGCCACAGCGGAACAAUCCACCGCUAUCAUGGAUCUUAUAGAAGCAAGGUGGGACGAAUUGGUUGGUGAGAUGCCAUUAAAAGUUUGCUAUCCUGCCAUAGAGAGCCAUGAUUGGCGCAUUAUAACAGGAUGUGACCCUAAGAACACCAGAUGGAGCUAUCAUAAUGGGGGAUCCUGGCCAGUGCUCUUAUGGCUCCUAAUAGCCGCAUGCAUCAAAACUGGACGCCCGCUGAUUGCCAGACGUGCCAUUGAACUUGCAGAGGCUCGGUUAUUGAAAGACAACUGGCCCGAGUAUUAUGACGGGAAGCAGGGAAGAUACGUUGGGAAGCAAGCGCGGAAGUUUCAGACAUGGUCUGUUGCUGGUUAUCUGGUGGCAAAGAUGAUGUUAGAGGACCCUUCACAUUUGGGUAUGAUUUCUCUCGAGGAAGAUAAACAGAUGAAGCCUGUCAUGAAAAGAUCAGCUUCCUGGACCACCUAAUUCAAGAAUCUUUCUUCUAAUUAGCUUAGGUGUGUAGAUCCUAGUUCAUUGUAAACCAUAAUGUGAGACUACUUUGCUUUUUGUCUUCUUUGUAAAUGCAUUUAUCUUGCUUAGGUGAUUCCCUUCCCAUGAUCAGUCGCAAAUUAUAUUAUAUUACGUGACUUUGUGCACGACGCAUGUGAUUCACGCACUAGCUAGGUGCUAUGCACACCAAGAUGAUCUGGUGCGUGUGAUGCAUGCGUUGGAGGUGUAUACGCUACUGUGUUCUUUGCACUUGGUUGCUUAAUAUACAAACUGCUGAUUUAUGGUGCUA